CCGAAAGCCUCAGCGUUAUGACACCUAUGUGGAUGGUGUCUUUGUUCCCCCAGCCAACCUCAACACCUCUGCAGCCGGCUACAAGCUGUUGCCUGAGAACCCCACCCAUCCUCAGGCUUUCCUUCCCAUGUUGGACAAUGCAAUGGGACCAGCUUCUUCCAGCGCAGUGCUAAGUUGGUCCAUGUGGUGCUGUGCGAAGGCCACAUCCUUGACAUCAAGACCACACCCAUGAUCACCCUCACCAGUGGCCUCAUGGUGAAGAAAGAUGAGUUUUAUGAGCAGAACGUGGUGUUGAAUCUGGCCAGCCUGUUUGAGGUAUCCCCAGACAACAUCAGGGUCAUCAGUGUUAUGCAGGAGCUCUCCAAGAGACAGCAGGGAAGGCUGGAGGCUGAAGUGGCCAGCGCUCACACUACAAGCCUGAAUGGUGAGGAGGAGGAGGGAGCAAUUGGUGGGGAGGUGAUUCCCUACAAGAAGCUGGUGCAGAGUCUGGAGAAGGCCGUCAAUAGAUUCCAGGAUGGAUCAUGCAGCAACUGUGCCUCUCUCUCUUGGUGAGUGACCCCAUCGAGCCACCACCCAAGGAAGCCCCUCCAAAGGCCACAGAGGAGGAAGGCAGUGUUGUCAUUCUGGAUGCCAAGCUGUUCUACAAGCAGCAGGAGAAGGAGGUGGCAGAGAAGAUCAAGGAAAGCCUGGCAGUGACUGAGUAUGCCAAGCCAUCCAGUGCAUUGGUGCUGAGUGGUGUGUCCAGCAGUGUGGUGCAGUACACAGUGUUUGAAAUGCAGCUGUCCUUUACUGUGCUGGAUACAGAGGCCAGACAUUUGUGGGCAAACUGCUGGCAAAGACUGCUGAGGGACACUUUGAGGUUAUCCAGAGGUAUGCCAACACAAGGAUGGCCAAGGAAAUCCUUCUCAAAUACCCAGAGAUCCUCCAUGCCACUCACCCCUUCUUCCUCUCCCUCAAGUUUGUGGGUGCUGGUGGCUCUCUCCUGGAUGGAGCAGUUUUUGUGGAUCUAUUUACCCAAGAACAACUUGUCAACAAUUCCUGUAGAUGUCAUCAUCAGUGAGGUCAGUGUUAGAUACCAACUUGCUGCUCAGGUGUCUGUUGUACCUGCUGGCUGGCAUCUCCACUUUGUCUCUCCUGGUAACCAAUUCUGUAUGUGCUUGGUGGUGUUUCCUGAAAAUUUGGAUAUCCAGGAGAACUCUGUCACCAAGAACGUGCAAAUGAAUGUCAUUGGGUGGCUGACGGCAGCUCCUCAAGUGAACCCAGAGUGGGAAAAGGAAGACUGCUGGACCAUACCACAAGUUAUAACAACAAAAAAAGGUUCAAACUUUACUCUGCUGCAUGGACUGUAUCAGCUUGUAUUCAGGCAGGUCAAGUUGGGCGAUACAAGUGUGUGCUGGAAGGAAGCUGUCAUCUGCUGGCUUUUGGAUUAUCAACUUGGAAGCCUGGAAGUGAUAGAAAGAAGGAAGAGGAGAAGACAGAUGAUAAUAAGGAGGGAAGAAAGAGAAGGAGAGAGAAGACAACAAAGAAGGAAGAGGACAUGAGAGAAGAAUGAGGAUAAUAGAAGAGGAAGAAAUAAAAGAAGAAAUGAGAGAAAGAUAGAUAAAAGAAAAUUAAAUUCUCCCCCCUGCCCCCCUUCUCUCUCUCUCUCUCUCUCUCUCUCUCUCUCUCUCUCUCUCUCCAUGCCUAGGAGAGGAACCUGAUCAGUCCCUGUGAGAAAUUUUGCAACAUUUUCUGUUUAAGCAAGAGUUCAUGAAUAUUUCCCAAAAAGUGCAGGUGACCCCUGACCUGACAUACCAGCAUGCACAUCACUGUUGUGUUGCCAGGUUUUGCUGGACGCAUCAUUCCUGAUUCCUGUCAGUUCAUUUUGGCCUAAAACCUUCAUCCUUUGCUUCCUGUAUACAUUUGUGAAAUUGUUGCAAAGGAGGGAGAGUUUUUGUUGCAACAUGAAUUCCAAAUCAGA